AUGUCGUUGAUAAUACCAGAGAAGUUCCAACACAUUCAUCGUGUUAUGAACACAAACAUCGAUGGUAAUCGCAAGGUGCCGUACGCUCUCACCGCUAUCAAGGGUGUUGGGCGACGCUUUGCGUUCCUCUGUUGCCGUAAGGCCGAUAUCGAUGUGUCCAAACGCGCAGGAGAACUUUCCGAAGAUGAUUUUGAGAAGAUUGUCACAAUUAUGCAGAAUCCAGCACAAUAUAAAAUCCCUAAUUGGUUCCUCAACAGACAAAAGGAUAUCAAGGAUGGAAAAUAUUCACAGCUCCUCUCUACCGGUGUCGACAAUAAGCUCCGUGAAGAUCUCGAGCGUCUGAAGAAGAUUCGCUUGCACAGAGGUCUUCGUCACUACUGGGGACUUCGUGUUCGAGGUCAGCACACGAAAACCACUGGACGCAAGGGACGCACUGUUGGUGUGUCGAAGAAGAAGGGAGGAUAA